AUGGAAAUGACGCAUUCUCUUUUCUGUUUUGUACCUUUCAUUUCUCUCUCUCUCUCUCUCUCUUGUGCCACCAUUUCACUUUUUUCUUCUUUCUUUCUCUUUUUUCUUCUUUCUUUCCUCUUCUUCCCUUUUUCUGUGUUCCCAUUUUUUUCUUCACAUUUCUUUUACUCCCCACUCUCUCUGUGUCAUCAUUUUCACCUCUCUCUCUCUCUCUCUCAAUCUUAUUUUCUUCUCUGUACCCCAUUUUCUCUUUUUUCACUUCUUCCCCUCUCUCAGAUUUUCUUGUUUUUUCCUUCACUUUUCUUUUCACGUCUAUUUGUCCAACGUUUUCUGAUUUCCACUUUCUUCUCCCUAUUUUAUCUUUUUCACUUCUCUUUCCCUCUCUUCCGUUUUUUACCUUUUUCAUUUCUCUCUCUCUUCCCCGUUUUUUUUUAUCUUUUUCACUUCUGUCUCUCUUCACUCUUUUUAAACUGUUUCAAUUAUCACUCUCUCUUCUCCCUAUUUUAUAUUUGUCACUUCUCUAUCUCUCCUCCCUAUCUUUCACUUCUCUCCCUUCCCCUAUAUUAUUUUUUUAAUUUGACUCUCUCUCUCUCUCUCUCUCUCUCUUCACAAAUCCAUUCAAAAGAAAAUAAGAAACUCUUUUCACAGGAAAUUGAAGGACAUUCUUAA